AUGGACAUCACUCGUCCCCGCAGAACCGGAUCGCGCGAGUACCAGCGCGCCUACAAGGCGUGUCUCUCCUGUCGACAGCGCAAGGCCAAGUGCGAGCUGAGCACAGGGCCGGAUGGACUUGCCCUGGGGCCGCCCUGUGCGCGUUGUCGGAGGGAGCAGCGGAGGUGUGUCUUCAGUGAGAGGAGGGCGUGGGAGAGGAAAAGGACGGGUUCGUCUCAACAGAUUUCAGAUCCAAAUCGAAGACACUCGACGACAGAUACUGUUGAUGGAGAUACUGUCUACGAGCCUAUCCACCAUGACCGUCCUCGGCAGCAGAGUGCCUCCCUGGCGAGCUCCAUGAUGCGUACCGUCGUCUCGAGCGGAAACGAUGCGUUGAAUAUCCUCUUCGAGGCGGCAACGGCACACGAACAGGAUUCAGAGCCAGACCGACUCGGCGACCAGACGCCAGAUGCGCAGGCGUCUUUGCUCGGUCCUGUUUCCGACAGUCCAUUGGCAUCUUACGGUAGUUCAACCGGGGUCGUGCGCCGACCAGAUACCGCGGAUGCGCGCAGAGAUGUCCUCAAGACCUGGGAGGCGUGUCAGUUUAUCAGGAUGGGGUGGCUUACGGCUAGGGAGGCUGUGACAUUAAUAGAUUUAUUCUUCUCAAAUAUGAAUCCUCUUUCGCCUAUUUUGACCGACUUCUAUGCAGACCACAGUAACCACCGUUGGCUGGUGACCUGUGACCAGCUCCUCUGCUGUACCGUCUUGAUGAUCUCCUCGCGAUACCAUGUGUUACCCAGUGCGGGAGGCCAGUCAAGAAACUUCUUCAUCCACCAUCGGCUGUGGCAGCAUUGCCAACACCUCGUCAUGAGGCUUACUUUCGGCCAGGGAAAGUCCUCGAAAUUCACUAUUCGGUCCAUCGGUUCUAUCGAAGCCCUGCUGCUUAUGUCUGAAUGGCACCCUCGGUCCCUGCAUUUUCCGGAACGAGAUGCAUGGGAUCCGGAGACGAACCUUGCCUCGCACGAACUGAGUACAGAUAUUUCGGCAGAUCGGUGGGUAGAGGAUAUCGUCGAACCGGCAAAACGAUCAGACCAGAUGUCCUGGAUGCUGCUGGGGUCUGCCUUAUCUCUCGCCAACGAACUAGGUGUAUAUGAGACUGAAGAGAAUGACCGAUGCUGCGCGGAAGGGUACGAAGGCUAUCCGAGCGAUCAGAUCAGACUGCGGAGACAGCGAGUACAGCGGCUGCUGUACGUCUACAUCAACCAGCUGGCCUGGAAAAUCGGAUGCAUAUCUCCCAUGCCGCAGAGCCUCAGCCACGCCAUUCUCGGUGGACAGACGCGCCGACAGUGUCAGCUCGGACAUGAAUGGCUGAAGUUCAUGGACUCGUGGAUGGAUCUGACUAAACUCGCCAAAUCUGUCACGGACAUGUUCUUUCCUUCAGCUGCCUUUGCCCGGCAGCAGCUCCAGAGCGGGCGCUACGUAGGGAUCCUUGAUCAUUUCCGUUCGCUUCUACAACAGUGGAAGGAGAAACAUCUCCAGCCACAACUCCAGGGGAAAGCAUUCUACAAUGACCUUUUCAUCGAGUACCAUUUUGUCCGGUUGUAUACGCACUCCGUCGGGAUGCAGGCCGUGGUGGAGCGGAUGCUCACUGACGUCGACACGGAGAAGAGCGCGAGUAUGGACGACAUGGGCCCGCUCAACAUUGACCCGAUCGACUACGAAUACAUCCAAGAAGUUAUCGACGGGUGCGGCCAGAUCCUUCAUCAAGUCUUCCAGUUGGGGCAGUCUGGCGCGCUGCGCUUCUGUCCCGUGCGCAUCUACCUGCGCGCCACCAGCGCCUCGAUCUUCCUGAUGAAAGCGCUGAGCCUGGGCACACGGCAAGCGAAACUACGCGAAUCGCUCGAUCUGCUCGACCAGACCAUCCAUGCCCUGCGUGCAAACACCAUCGAUGACGUCCAUUUGAGCUCGCGCUUUGCCGGCUUGCUCGAAACGCACGUCUCGCGUUUCCGUCGCGGUCUGCUCGCCACUACAUCCUCGACGAAUACUAGAAACAGCCGCAUUCCCACCCGGCCGUCCUCAAUGGGACCGCCGAUGCUGAGAGAGGAGAGCAAUGUGAACAGCAACUUUGGUAGUAGUCAUACGCCCCUCUCAGAACACGAGCUCUCGAAUCCAAACAUAGGCGAAAUAGGCUUCCUCCCGCUAAACGACAUGGAGGCUGAUGACUGGCUGUCCCUCCCGUUCGACCCAUCCAUGGCUCCCUUUGGAAUUAGCAGUGGGGGGCAGUUCUCCGCAUAUGAGGGGGGGUCGCUGAACUUCAUCUGGAAUCUACCUCCUUGA